AUGCCUUCCGAACAACCCCCGCCGCACUCCGCCACUGUGCCACCAAACUUCUGGGGCGACAUGCCGGAAGAAGAGUACUACACCUCCCAAGGCCUCCGCAAUGCCCAGUCCUACUUCGAAACUCCAAAUGGCAAAAUCUUUACCCAAUCCUUCAUACCCAUUGACCUUCCCAUCAAGGCCACGGUUUACAUGACUCACGGCUAUGGCUCAGACUCAGGGUGGCUCUUCCAGAAGAUAUGCAUAAACUUCGCCACCUGGGGCUACGCCGUCUUCGCCGCAGACCUCCUCGGCCACGGCCGCUCCGAUGGACUCCGUGGCUAUUUGGGAGAUAUGGAGAAGAUUGCUGCGACGUCGUUGUCGUUCUUUGUGAGUGUGAGGGAGAGUGAAACUUAUAAGCAUCUUCCUGCUUUUCUGUUUGGGGAGUCCAUGGGUGGGCUUGCUACGAUUCUCAUGUACUUCCAAUCGAAGCCAGAGACAUGGACUGGUGUGAUGUUCUCUGCUCCACUCUUCGUCAUGCCCGAGAACAUGAAGCCAUCCAAGGUGCGGCUGUUCAUGUAUGGACUUUUGUUCGGAAUGGCGGACACAUGGGCAUCGCUGCCGGACAAUAGAAUGGUGGGCAAGGCAAUCAAAGACCCGGAGAAACUGAAGAUCAUCGCCGGCAAUCCGAGGAGAUAUACAGGGAAGCCAAGGGUCGGGACAAUGAGGGAGCUAGCUAGAAUGUGUGAGUUCGUGCAGCACAAUUUCCACAAGGUGACCGUGCCCUUUUUUGUCGCGCACGGGACCUCCGACGGAAUCACUUGCCCGUCAGGAUCGAAGAUGUUGUAUGAGAAAGCAAGCUGUGAGGACAAGACAUUGAAGCUGUAUGAAGGAAUGUACCAUUCUCUUGUACAGGGUGAGCCUGAUGAGAAUGCCAAUUUGGUGUUGGGAGACAUGAGGGCUUGGAUUGAUGAGAAGGUUGAGAGGUAUGGUCCAAAGUGUAACGGUAGCUAA